AUGCUGAUGAAGUGGCUGUCUGGCUUGCGCCGGGCUUGUGCCAAGCGCCAUCCUUUGCACCGUUCUGCUUGGAGAUUUGUUUGCUGCGCAGUGCAGCAGCACGAGUGCAACCUCUCAUGGUUCUGCCUGUCUAAGAUCUGGCCCAUCACGUCUCCAGUGUUCCAGCAGUUUGGGGACAGCGUAGAUGGGAACACUGGAGUUUGGGCCCACAAUGAGUACUUUCUUCGCGUUCUCAAAAUCUCCCCAAUUGAAGCUUUGCUGGCAAAAGGCGCUGUUGCCCAGUUGCUUUGGGCACAACAGUCGAUGUAG